AUGGCACACAGCAUGAGCCGAAUGGCAUCAGGGGCACAAGUGGCCGGCCCAUCAGACAUUGUCUGCCAACAAUGGUUGGACCAGGGCAUACGAACACGAAAAACCUACAUUACUGUCUGGUACUGCUGCGACUGUGGCAAUGGUCCCAUGCUCUUGUCGGACUCCUGCUCUGGCAGCGGCUGCUCGCACUACCGCUGCUCGUACUGCACGGAGGAGGAGAUUGAGGAGACGACCGACGACUACAUCCUGCAAGCUGCCCUGCAGACGGCUUUGCAGGCGCACCACGCCCCGGCAUGCUGCUCCUCCAACUGA